GUUUUUUUCCCAUUGUUAGGGUUUCAGCCGCCGAGGAGAUCAAUUAGGGUUUCGGCGAGAGGAGGAGAUCGGCGCGAAGAUGGUGGAGAAGGGCGGCGUGAAGAGAAGGGAUGUUGUCACCCGGGAGUACACGAUCAAUCUCCACAAGCGUCUCCAUGGCUGCACAUUUAAGAAGAUGGCCCCUAAUGCCAUAAAGGAGAUCAAGAAGUUUGCGCAGAAGGCCAUGGGAACGACUGAUGUUAGGGUUGAUGUCAAACUCAACAAGCAUAUCUGGAGCCGGGGGAUUCGAGGUGUUCCUCGGCGUGUGCGUGUUAGGAUUGCUCGCAAGAGGAACGACGAGGAAGAUGCAAAAGAAGAGCUGUUUUCUUUGGUUACAGUGGCUGAAGUUCCUUCAGAAGGACUCAAAGGGCUCGGAACCAAGGUCAUUGAGGAAGAAGAUUAAUGCCUUAGCACUUUGCUUCUAUUCGAUAUUUAUGUAGUGAAGUUUCUUUGCAACACUCGUCGUGAUUUUGUUGUCGAUUUUUGAGUUUAUUCGUCGGGGCUUGCUUGAGCACUGGGUUUCACUUCUUGUUUUACUUUCUUGUGAUGGAAUUCUCAGAUUAGAAUUAAAGCUUAAACCAGUUUGGUUUUUUGACA